GUAAAUACGUAUAUUCUCCAUCUAUGGCAAAUAAUCUUAAAGACUGCCUUAAAAGACAUGAGCAUAUUAUGAAACAAGAAAAGAAAAUUAAUAUUUCCAAUGCCAUGUUGUCACGCUCGAUUCGUGAAUUUGACUCCCGCAUAACAUCUAAAUGUUUUGGUUACGAAACUGUGGAUCACUACUAUCGAGAUGCUAGCUCUUACUUUUAUGUUACAAAAGUGCGUGUGCCUUUAUUGUGCCUCAAUGCUGAAGAUGAUCCCAUUGUACCUGCCGAAUGUCUCCCUUUUGAUGAGACAAUAUGGUGUAUAAAACCACUUAGUGAAUUUUGUAUUGCUAUAUUCGAGGCCAACGAUCCAAAUGAUGGAUCAAAAACAAUCUUAAAAACAAGCGAAGAUACUUCUUCAAGCGAAGAAAGUACUGUUGUUGAUA